CCGCCCCUUCCUGUCAUGGCCGCCGGCGGGCUGUGGGAGCGCGGUGCGGCGGAGCGGGCUCGCUGCCCACGCAGCUGAGGGCCCUGCCGGGCAGUGCGGCGCGAAGCGGAGCAGGGCCGGCCCAGCGCGGAGCCGGUGGCUGGAGAUACCACUGAAGUACCUGCUUUCCACCUCUUCCCUUCUUUAACUUCCCCUUGGGGUCAGCUGCUCAUCAGCAUGCCUUCUGCCGAGAACACCUCAAAACUUUUCCUGGUCCUCAUUUCAAUGCUGCUGGUGCUGCCAGUAGUUGAAGCUCUGGACGCAGGAGAUACCAUCGCCUUUCUGCUAGGCCUUGCUGUUAGCAUCAUCGGAUUCUGUGCCUGCCUUGGCGUGUAUGCAAGGAAAAGGAAUGGGCAGCAGUGAUGUCAAGAGGAUGCUCAAAUGAAGUGAAUUUCCAAACACAGCUUGGGGUUGAGGUCUAAGGGUGUGCAACUGAGCUUUAAUUCUAGAUAACCUUCAAAACUAUGUAGUAAAUAUUUCUGCAAACCCCUCUUACUGUGUAAUAAAGCAGAACUGACACUGUAUGCAGUAAGAGAGAUUUGUAGGAUCUGCCCUCGUGACAGUAAGAUGAUUGCCUGUGAUUAAAUAUUGUGUUAUAGAAGGGUAAGAACUUACUGAAUGCAAAAGGAAAACCAUAGAGUGGUUCACAGGAAAUGUAUAUAAAUGGAACAUGUGAGGGACACCAUCCACAGGUUCCACAGGUUUCAAAGGUUGAUCAGGAGGAAGCAGCUGUCUUCCAGUCAGGAUGGCAGAGCUUUGGAAGUACUCCUGAUAUAACUAGCUAGCAAGCAGACCACUCCAACUUGUGCGCAUGUGCUCACUUUCUUUGUAAUGACAGUUAACACCUUAACAGCACACUUCUGCUGUCGCAAGGAUGAGGCUUCAGAGAACUAACAGAACAUCGAAAACUUUUCUUUCUUCUGUAUUUGUAUUUUAGAAUGUGCCUCUCCUGUAGCCUGUGUUCUGUUACCAAGCAGAUAUACUUAGGAAUGGAACCACUACUUUUCUUUAAUGUGUAUUUCACAGAAAAGUACAUGUUAGGCUACGUAAAUCAGGUGAGGGAUAUCUUUUUUUUUACUCUAUUUUUUGACUCUAUUAUUUUCUGUACGCAGCUUUUCUUUAGGCCCACCAGGUUCCAAGCUUAUUUCAUUUGGUGGUGGUAUUUCUUUUUCCCAAAACUGAAGGCUUGCCUAUUUUAAUGAGGAUUUAUGUGUAGUAUUUCUGCAGUAGAGGGUUAUUUGAAAUAAAACAAGACAGUUGUGCAAAUGUUUCUUUUUCAGUGUGGAAAGAAGGUGUUUUGUUAAAAUCCUGGGUUUAGUCAACAGGUCAGUUGUUCUCAAGUGUCUUCCACAUGACAAAGUUAUGUUGCUAGCUAAACAUUUACGCUUCUUACCUAUCUGAUGUGUAUGAGUUCCACAGAAGAUUAGGACCAAAACCAAAGUAAAAAAUCCUGAUGUAAAAUGGGAGACAUGAAUAGGAGACUCUGUUCAUGCUCAGUUAGAUUGUAUACUGUAUGGAUGCAAGACUCUACUCGGUAGCAUAUCCAGGACCUGUUUCUUUCUUUAAGUACCAAAGGUGAAAUAGUACAGCCAAGAACAUCUGCCACAAGUCCCUCUGGCUUGUUAGGAUGUUCUAGCUGUCUGACAGAGACAAGGAGCACAAUCUGUAACAGCAGCAGAAUGAGGAGCAUAGCAGGGUGAGCUUUCCACAGUUCACAGAAUUUCCUUCUGAUCUGAUGCGGUGGAUGCUGCAGCUCUUGCUAGAAAUCUUGGCUUUUAUCUUUCAGAGCUGGGGAAAAAGGUUAAAUGUGAUGCAGAGCUCUAUAUUUUGAUACUAUUCCUCCCCUUUGUCUGUCAGUGUCUCUGUUCAGUAGAGCACAAAGCAAUGGGUAGAAGAGUUGUCAGGCAGAUCUCACGUAAGUAAUUGGGUGGGCAGAUCAUGUUCUCCAAAUUGUGUGUGCCAUUUGUGGCUGGCUUGACUUCUCUCCAACCUCAGAGGAGACACCCUGAUUAUUUCAGCCCUGCAAUUUACGUUCCUGUCGUGGUUGACAGAGGAAGGAAGGUAAAACAAAGGCUUCCACAGUUGCAUGGACUUGAAACUGUAGGACUUAACCCAGCCAAGUCCCAAGAAUGCAGGUUUCAUAAUAAUAAUAAUCAGGAAUAAUAAUAAUAAAGUUGCUCUGAUGAUAUGCAAGUCUUGCCAGGUAGCUGUUCCAAAAGUCAGAAAGGGAUGUGGUAGAGAGUUACUAUGAACAAAUUAAACUUGCAUCCCUAAGAGGAGCUUCAGACAGGAGUGUCACCUUUGAAAGCUUCAGUAGCAGCAAUAGAUGAUCCUCUCUGUGAUUAUUCCACUGGGUGGAUGCAAGUACACGUGAAGAGUGGACUUCUGUGCUUUAGGCUUGCAAAACCAUUGCCCUUAAAAAGAAACCCCAAACCAACCACAAAUUUGCUACUCAAAUCCCUUCUAUUUCCUCAAAUUGGAGAAUUUAGCCAUUUUUUCAGUAGAAUGUUGAACAUUGCUCUUUCAAUAGAAUAAAUUUUAUCAGAAGCAGCUUUUCACAGACUCCUUUAUCUUCACUUUGGAAAAGAUCCCUGGCAGCAGUUUCACAGAAUUGUGCAACAGUUUCACUGCUGGAGAAGAAAAGUUUGGCAGAGUAAUUAGCUUGAGGCAAUAGGGACAUGAGGAACUGUGUUCUUUGGCUGGAGCUGUAUGUACUUCAUUGAAAGGUGCUUGCACAGUGUCAUGGUGUUGUUUCCUCAGUUCUGACAGAAGCGUUAUUGUUAAAGAGUUGCAGUUGUCAACAACUUGAGUGUAAAAUCGUAUACCCCUGUUUUUCUUCUGUCUGAAUAAACUUUCAUGUAUGAUUUGUCAUCAGCCUGAUGAAGUAGUUCUUCUGAAAAGAAAAAUCAGGAUGACUGAAAUGACUGAAACUGCUCAAAUUUCUUGUAUUAAAUAUUAUUUUCUUACA